AUGCCCCGGUUAUUUGAUGAUGUUGAAAGCGCGGAAGUGAGCGAGCUCAUGUCUCAAAUGUUUGGAGAGGCUGGGCUGGACACGUCCAGUAACCAGAUGCCACCACCGGAUCUUCCCCACUCACCGGAAGAUGCUCAGAUUUCAUCGGCUGAACGUUUUGCUUCACUGGUUCACUCUCCGGUUUCGCCGGCCUUCAAAUCAGCUAGAUCUUCGACGCGAUCUUCACUGGCCAGACAGCUUAAUGGCUCAGGAGACACGGCAAAGAGUCCAGCGCAAUCCAAGGACGUCAAAGACGGUGAAAACGGUGAAGAGACCUCAGCAGCCCCUGCUACACCAAGACAGUCGUCCAGGCGUCAGGCUAAGCCUGCUCGCAAAGCUGCAUCUCCCGUGAAGCGAGAGCGCGCAAAGAGAAGCGUUGACGUGAAAAGCGCGAUUCGAAAAUCUGGACGGCCAGCCAGAGCACAGCCAGCCAGAGCACAGAGAGCAAAGGCUCAACCAGCCAAGGCACAACCAGCCAAGGCACAACCAGUAAAGCGCAGAGGCAGGCCCGCCGGGAAAGCCAAGGAAUUUGAAGCCACCGGUAAAGUUAAAGGUGGGCGGAAAGAGUGGGAGGUGGAGAAAAUCAUCGACUCCAGAAUUGAAGAGGAAACUCUGGAGCACUACUUCAGGGUCAAGUGGAAGGGCUUCAGCGACAAGGACAACACGUGGGAGCCAAAGAAGAAUCUGGCCAAUUGCAAAGGUCUAGUUGAGGCCUAUGAGAAGAAAGCUGAGAAGAAAGCAGGGAAGAAAUGA